UUGACUUUAGAUCUCCUUCAUCCUUCACCCGAUCAUGAAAAACGUCAACAUAAGCUUAAAAGACUGGUGCAAAGUCCAAAUUCCUACUUUAUGGAUGUAAAAUGUCCUGGCUGUUUUAGUAUCACGACCGUAUUUAGUCACGCUCAGACUGUUGUAUUGUGUGGAUCCUGCGCUAAUGUAUUAUGUCAACCAACUGGUGGUCGUGCUCGUUUAACUGAAGGUUUUUAUCAAUAA